AUCAUUAAACCGCAUAUGCAGGUAUAAUGUCAUUAAAAAGUUUACGUUAAUUGAAUAAUUCACCUGCACAUUAAACUAGAUAGAAGUAGACUAUAAAUUGUUGUUGGGUAGUUGCUAUUUGACGUGGGGUUUUUAAUGACCCACCUUCCAAAUUGUUAGAACUACUCCUCUGAGAAGAAAUGGGCAAAAUCUGCAUGGUUUGCUUAUAGAAUCUACAGUCCGCAGACACGCUAAUCGUUUAGAGGUGAUAUUUAUCUCGUCAGAAGACCAGCUACCAAUUUACUAUCUUUCUGGACAUCAAGAGACGUUUCCUGAUGUAAUGAUGAAUCUUUUGGAUUGUCUUUCAGUUCCUUGAUAGGGUUUGGUCCAGAAUAAGCUUCUUCAUUCGUUAUACCUUGAUGGUGAUGUCUAGAAUCUUUAGAUAACAUAUAAGAUUCGCUGGUUUUAAUUUUACUGUUUGGAUUAUUCUUUUUUGACUAAAAGAUGAAGAGGAGGUAGAUGUAGCAGCGCCUCUAAGGCUAUGGUGGAACGUAUUGGUAGAUUAGCUUAGUUAUAUCGAUGUUAAGAGUGCAAAAGUGAACAAUUCGUCUAUGAUUGAACACACAGAAACAUUCUAAAAAUAUACAAAAAUAUUCCCAUAAUAAAUGAGAAAUAUAAUAAACACCAAUGAACGAUGACUAAGGAAUUCCGAGUGGGCGAGCGACGCCACUGAAAAAUCGGAACGUAUAAAACCGAGUGAAGCCUAAAAUUUUCUUAGUUUACAUUGGGAUUGUAUUCCCGAUUAUCAGACGGUAGUGCCAGGUGAUAGAGUGUAUUUUUAACACUUUUUUUUUCAAAAAGAACAAAAAAAAAACAAAAUGCCAGGCCCUUCAAGACCCCUAUGGCAAGUUGCCGGUAAACGCGAUCCUGAACAAGAACGCGAAGCCCAAGCAUGGAUUGAGGCUGUUACGGGAAUGAAGUUUCCUCCGGGUGUUCCUUACGAAGACGUUCUUAGAGACGGAAUUAUACUUUGUCACUUGAUGAACCGUUUACAACCUGGUAUCAUCCAGAAAAUCAACACCACCGGCGGAGAUUACAAAAUGAUGGAUAACUUAAAUCAAUUUCAAAAAGCAUGUGUCAAAUAUGGUCUAUCUGACGUAGAUCUUUUCCAAACUACUGACCUGUGGGACAAAAAGAACAUCGCUUUAGUUACAACUACCAUUUUCGCCAUAGGUCGUACCUGUUAUAGACACCCAGAGUGGCGAGGUCCUUUCUUAGGUCCCAAGCCGUCAGAAGAAAACAAAAGAGAAUUUAGUGAACAACAACUUAGGGCCGGAGAAGCCAUCAUAGGGCUACAAGCCGGACAAAAUAGGGGCGCUACUCAAGCCGGACAAAACUUUGGUGCUUCCAGGAAGAUUAUAUUGGGAAAAUAAGAAUUUAAUUUUAACGAAAUGUAAUAGUACCUGUACGAUUUAUGCAAAUUUAAAUUGGUAAAAUAAAUUUUUCUAUGUGAAUUAAUUUUAAUGAGCUUGUUUUUCAGUAGUUCACUCACGACUAUAUUUCGUAUAGUGUAAUAUAUUUUUGUUUAGUUUUAUUUAAUGACUUUGGAACCCGCAUGUUUGUACGCAUAGUCAUAACCAUUUUAGUAACUUGGAAUUUAUGAAAAAAUAAAUUUCAUAAUAGCAAGUAUAAAAACAAAUAUCUGAGAUUUGAGAAAAAAAAAACAAAUCAAAGUAAUUUUAUACUAAAAACUUUUAUAAAACUUGUGUUUGUCACAAGUCAAAUAGAAUAAUUUUUUAAAUAUUCUGUUCAUCAUGUUUUCGCAGUCGUUACUUAGACUUAUUGGUCUCUUUAUCUAACAUGUAAUAAUCGACAAGGAACGAAAUACAUACACCGGAUUAUGUAACGGAACAGUUCUAUUCGAGGUUAUGUUUUGUAAUGUAGAUAGUAGUACCUAAAAGUUUUUAUUUUUGUGAAAACUCGUUAAUAAAAUUGUUUUUCUUAUUC